AUGGCAACAAAGAUCGACUUCGGUGAUGCUCAACAUCUCUCAGAGCUGAGGAUUGUGUUAAUGGGUUAUAGAGAUGCUGGUAAGAGUUCAGCAGGAAACAGCAUCCUGGGCAGAGAGGAGUUUGACUUGAAGACAUCUGCUCAGUGUGUGAGGAGACAUGGAGAAGUAGCAGACAGACACAUCACUGUCAUUGAAGCUCCAGGAUGGUGGAGGAAUUACACUGUAGAGGACAGUCCUGAGUUACUGAAACAGGAGAUUGUGCUCAGUGUGUCUCUGUGUCCUCCAGGACCACACGCUGUACUACUGAUCAUACGUGUGGACACUAGAUUUAAAGAGACUGAGAGAGAAGUACUGCAGGGGCAUCUGGAUCUUCUCGGUGAGAGAGUCUGGAGUCACACUAUAGUGCUGUUCACUUGUGGAGACUCUCUGUCAGACACAUCUAUAGAGCAGCACAUUGAGAGUGAAGGACAGAAUCUACAGUGGUUGGUGGAGAAAUGUGGGAACAGAUAUCAUGUUCUCAACAAUCAGAACAGGAGUGACCACACUCAAAUCAAGGAGCUGCUGGAGAAGAUUGAGGAGACAGUGGCACAAAACAACGACUGCCAUUUUGAAAUAGACAGAAAGAUUUUACUAGAGAUGAAAGAAAGAAGAAGAGCUGAGGAAGAGAGAGCAAGAGAACCAAUGAAGAGGAUGAAAAAACAAAAAGACAACAUCAGAUCACAGAUGAGUGAUGCUCGACAUCUCUCAGAGCUGAGGAUUGUGUUAAUGGGGUAUAAACUUGGUGGUAAGAGUUCAGUAGGAAACAGCAUCCUGGGCAGAGAGGAGUUUGAGUUGAAGACAUCUGCUCAGUGUGUGAGGAGACAUGGAGAAGUAGCAGACAGACACAUCACUGUCAUUGAAGCUCCAGGAUGGUGGAGGAAUGAACCUGUAGAGGAGAGCUCUGAGUUACUGAAACAGGAGAUUGUGCUCAGUGUGUCUCUGUGUCCUCCAGGACCACACGCUGUACUACUGAUCAUACGUGUGGACACUAGAUUUCAAGAGACUGAGAGAAAAGCAGUGCAGGAGCAUCUGGAUCUUCUCGGUGAGAGAGUCUGGAGUCACACUAUAGUGCUGUUCACUCGUGGAGACUCUCUGUCAGACACAUCUAUAGAGCAGUACAUUGAGAGUGAAGGACAGAAUCUACAGCGGCUGCUGGACAAAUGUGGGAACAGAUAUCAUGUUCUCAACAAUCAGAACAGGAGCGACCACACUCAGAUCAAGCAGCUGCUGGAGAAGAUUGAGGAGACAGUGGCACAAAACAACCGCUGCCAUUUUGAAAUAGACAGAAAGAUUUUACAGAAGAUGAAAGAAAGAAGAAGAGCAGAGGAAGAGAGAGCAAAAGAACGAAUGAAGAGGAUGAAAAAACAAAAAGACAACAUCAGAUCACAGAUGAGUGGCACUCAACAUCUCUCAGAGCUGAGGAUUGUGUUAAUGGGGUAUAGAAGAGCUGGUAAGAGUUCAGCAGGAAACAGCAUCCUGGGCAGAGAGGAGUUUGACUUGAAGACAUCUGCUCAGUGUGUGAGGAGACAUGGAGAAGUAGCAGACAGACACAUCACUGUCAUUGAAGCUCCAGCAUGGUGGAGGAGUUACACUGUAGAGGAGAGCUCUGAGUUACUGAAACAGGAGAUUGUGCUCAGUGUGUCUCUGUGUCCUCCAGGACCACACGCUGUACUACUGAUCAUACGUGUGGACACUAGAUUUAAAGAGACUGAGAGAGAAGUACUGCAGGGGCAUCUGGAUCUUCUCGGUGAGAGAGUCUGGAGUCACACUAUAGUGCUGGUCACUCGUGGAGACUCUCUGUCAGACACAUCUAUAGAGCAGUACAUUGAGAGUGAAGGACAGAAUCUACAGCGGCUGCUGGACAAAUGUGGGAACAGAUAUCAUGUUCUCAACAAUCAGAACAGGAGCGACCACACUCAGAUCAAGGAGCUGCUGGAGAAGAUUGAGGAGACAGUGGCACAAAACAACGGCUGCCAUUUUGAAAUAGACAGAAAGAUUUUACAGGAGAUGAAAGAGAGAAGAAGAGCAGAGGAAGAGAGAGCAAAAGAACGAAUGAAGAGGAUGAAAAAACAAAAAGACAACAUCAGAUCACAGAUGAGUGGCACUCAACAUCUCUCAGAGCUGAGGAUUGUGUUAAUGGGGUAUAGAGCUGCUGGUAAGAGUUCAGCAGGAAACAGCAUCCUGGGCAGAGAGGAGUUUGACUUGAAGACAUCUGCUCAGUGUGUGAGGAGACAUGGAGAAGUAGCAGACAGACACAUCACUGUCAUCGAAGCUCCAGGAUGGAUGAUAAAUUACACUGUAGAGGAGAGUCCUGAGUUACUGAAACAGGAGAUUGUGCUCAGUGUGUCUCUGUGUCCUCCAGGACCACACGCUGUACUACUGAUCAUACCUGUGGGCGCUGGAUUUAAAGAGACUGAGAGAGAAGUAGUGCAGGGGCAUCUGGAUCUUCUCGGUGAGAGAGUCUGGAGUCACACUAUAGUGCUGUUCACUCGUGGAGACUCUCUGUCAGACACAUCUAUAGAGCACCACAUUGAGAGUGAAGGACAGGAUCUACAGCGGCUGCUGGACAAAUGUGGGAACAGAUAUCAUGUUCUCAACAAUCAGAACAGGAGCGACCACACUCAGAUCAAGCAGCUGCUGGAGAAGAUUGAGGAGACAGUGGCACAAAACAACGACUGCCAUUUUGAAAUAGACAGAAAUAUUUUACAGGAGAUUGAUGGUAUGAAGAAAACAAAAGAGCGAAUGGACAAACGGAGUGAGGACAUCAGAUCACAAACUAUGAGUGGAGAUGAUGGAUCUGAUUCAUGGUCUGUGGGAAGUUCUGCUUAUAGUUCAUUCAGAUCACGAUCAGGAGCAGACACAUUUUUUGGAACAUCACAUUCCAGAGAUUCAUCUCACACAAGUUAUGAGUCAGGGGCCAUAAAACGAUAUAACAGCAUUGAAUUUCCACCACCCAACAUGAGUGGAGACGAGCGGUCGGACAGUUGGUCUGUGGGAAGUUCUGCUUACAGUUCAUUCAGAUCACGAUCAGGAGCAGACAGCAGUUCAGUUUUUAGCUCACCACGCUCAAAAGUCUCAUCUCACAGCUCAGGAUUCAGGUCUUUGCGGUCUUUUCCUGAAUCCGUGGAACAUUCAGAAACCAAAAGAGCACAAGGAAAGCCCAAGAUCUCAAAGCUUUUCCCAAGAAUAAUACAGAAGCGUGAUAAGCAUGAAGAAGACACUGACGUGGUGAGGAGCUGGUAUGCACGUUUACCCUCCAUCGUACAGAACACAGAGCAGCUGGUGACCAAUGCAGAGCAGUGUGCUGAAGCCUGCAGAGAAGGAUCUCUGGUCAGAUUGGGGGAGUGUAUGAACACAUACUGGCAGCAGAAGAAGCUGAUGGCUCCAGGCUGUGAGCCGGCAGCAGUGAGAUCCAUGAUGAACGCACUUCAGCCGCUGAGUUUAGGACAGAGUCUGGCAGGAGCAGGAGGAGGAGGAUUCCUGUUGUUACUCACCCUCACCAGAAGCAGAAUAUUACAUAUUGCGAUGUUUUAUCGUAGCAUUCUUGUUAUUACUAAAUGCACAGGAAACAGGAUGAUUAGUGUGCUUUAUCAUAUAUUUGUUGCAGGUGAAACUCAACAUCUCUCAGAUCUGAGGAUUGUGUUAAUGGGUAACAGGAACGUUGGGAAGAGUUCAACAAAAAACACUAUUCUGGGCAGAGAGGAGAUUGACUUCUUAACUCAUCAGUGUGUAAAGAGACAUGGAGAAGUAGCAGACAGACACAUCACUGUCAUUGAAGCUCCAGGAUGGUGGAUGGAUGUUCAUGUAGGGUUCAGCUCUGAGUUACUGAAACAGCAGAUUGUGCUCAGUGUGUCUCUGUGUCCUCCAGGACCACACGCUGUACUACUGAUCAUACGUGUGAACUACAAGUUUAAAGACAUUGUGAGAAAAGCAGUGCAGGGGUAUCUGGAUCUUCUCGGUGAGAGAGUCUGGAGUCACACUAUAGUGCUGUUCACUCGUGGAGACUCUCUGUCAGACACAUCUAUAGAGCAGCACAUUGAGAGUGAAGGACAGGAUCUCCAGUGGCUGCUGGACAAAUGUGGGAACAGAUAUCAUGUUCUCAACAAUCAGAACAGGAGCGACCACACUCAGAUCAAGGAGCUGCUGGAGAAGAUUGAGGAGACAGUGGCACAAAACAACGGCUGCCAUUUUGAAAUAGACAGAAAGAUUUUAUUACAGAUGAAAGAGAGAACAAGAGAGCAAAAGAACAAGUGAACAGGAUGAGAAAACAAAAAACGAGAUCAGAUCACAGAUGAGUGAGUCUAAAAUGUACUUUUUAUGGAACUAGAGACACAACAACAGCACAGAAAUCUAAGUAAGGUCCUAUGGACUGUAUGUACAAUAACUGCCUACAUAUUU